CCAGAUUGGGAUGGAAGAGGAGAUAUUUCCUCGCUGGCUAAUCACAGCGCAAUGUUGAUCAUCGGCUUGUCAAGCGGGUAUUUGCGUGUGGCGUUCAACGGCAAAUGGAAAUGGCGGCGCCCUGGCUGAUGAGACAGUGGGAUUCCUUUUCACUAUUGGUGCAUGGUAGGUGUUGUCAUUUGGAGGAUUUGAAAAAGGCAAGCGGACUCCUUUGGGAAUACGAAUGGUUAGCCACCAUCUAACAUCCAAGAUCUGAACUACUGUUGUAGUGGUGUUAUUCUUUUGCUUCCAUACAGCAUCAUUAUACGUUUGCUAGAGUCGCUGUCUAAUACACAAAAUGUCCAACCUGGAUUCACACGCUACUGGCCAUACUGGCCCAAGAAAGUUGGUACUGUGCUUUGAUGGCACUGGGAACAAGUUUCACGGAGACGAUAGCGACAGCAAUAUUCUCAAAAUAUUCCGCAUGCUGGAUCGCAGUGCACACGAGCAAUACCACUAUUACCAACCCGGUAUUGGGACCUACAUUGUUACCACAUCUCUCUCUUACAGUGGCAAACUGUCCAAACUCAAGGCUCAGUACCAAAAGGCAAAGGAUUCUGCUAUUGGCACAUCAUUUGAUGAGCAUGUUGUUGCUGGGUACCGCUUCCUGAUGCGAUACUACCAAGCUGGUGACCAAAUCUACAUGUUUGGCUUCUCCCGUGGAGCUUACAUUGUGCGAUUUUUGGCGGAGAUGCUCGAUCAUGUCGGCCUACUGUCUCAUGGAAACGAGGAAAUGGUCAAGUUUGCAUGGAAGGCGUUUGCUCAGUGGCAGAGCCGAAGGAAGUGUCGCCGUGAGGAAGAUGGCAGCGACAGUGACAGCGACGACGAGGAUUGCUCCGAUACCAAAACGGAUAAAAUGUACGAAUUCAUGCGGAAUUUUCGAGAGACAUUCUCAAGGCCCGUUGGUCGUAUUCGAUUCCUGGGCCUUUUUGACACGGUUAAUUCCGUCGCCCAGUUUGAAGGGGCCUGGAUGCAGCGCAAUAAUUUUCCUUACACAGCCGGCACGACAGCCAAGACGAUUCGCCAUGCCGUAAGUAUUGAUGAACGACGAGCCAAGUUUCGACAGGAUCUCCUGUACCAACAGAAACCAAAGGCCAAGGAUGGCGAGCGCGUCGAUGGCCUGACCCGGCUGGUUGGUGCUGUACGCCGAAGCUUCGAAUCGUUUACGCAUCCCAAUGCAGAACCCGAAGGAACCACACCACACGCUGAGGAAAACGGAGACAAUCCAGACGCGAAGCAAAAGUCUCGCGCUGAUUUUCUUACUCCUGAAGCCGCUGAGAACGGGCAUCGAAGCAAGUCCAAGAAGCGAUAUGCGCCAUUCCGACCCAAACCGCUCAAACGCAGACCGACAUCCAAGAGUCCUCUACACCGACAAGACUCAGCGCCAAUAGUCGAAGACGCUGAUGGACCGCAAGAUAUCGACGAAGUAUGGUUUGCUGGCGGUCAUGGCGAUGUAGGCGGCGGAUGGAUCAACACAGAGGACGGUAAGAUGGCGAGCCAUGUGCCGCUUGUCUGGAUCGUCCGUGAAGCCAUUCGUGCCGGCCUUGCCUUUGACAUAGACAAGGUGCGGGAGAUGGAGUGUAUGGAUACCACGGUGCCGACAACCAUUCACUCAAAGGCUGGUGUGGACAUUCAGCUGACUGAAGCAUCGCCUACGCCAGAGGGGCCACCAGGGGCCACCGCCGCAAACGAGACCGAGGUGCCCCAUCCCUUACAUGCAGCUCAUACGGCGUUGCUGCACGAUGCCCUAAAGUACGGAAAUGGCCUGGGAUCUAUUGCGGUGACGGCCUGGAACAUGAUGGAGUGGCUUCCGUUCCGCCGGAUGGACUUGCAGCGAGACGGCUCGUGGAAGCCCAUUCGCUGGCCGUUGCCCCGGGGUGAGGUUCGUGAUAUCCCGCCUGGCGGCCGCGUCCAUGGAAGCGUGAUUCGGCGGAUGAAGCUGGAUAGCAAGUACCGCCCGGGCAAUCUGAUCAUCGGGGGCGGCGGCCGAGGCGUGCGAAUGGCGCCGGAGAAGAUGGGCAUGGGCGAGUGGACGUGUGUAGCUGAGCCUGGAGACCCAAUCGGUGAGAUCUGGGUUAGGAAAGUCGCGAGUGCCUAAAGAAAUUACUGUAUAUAACAUAGCUCAGUGUACCGGGGCGGAUUUGGUGGGUUUUUUUGCUCUGCCGUCCUCACUGCAGCAAGACAGCGUUUUUAAUUCCGC